CGUCAGAGUAAUUUCAUACGAGUUUAAGGUCACAUUGCGCAUGUGUGUUCUGUUGGGUGAUCAAAAUGGCGAAGGUUGUUGCUAAAAUUGGUGGAUUGGUGUCCAAAGCACCCGGACUAGUGAAAAAGGCCCAGCCCGGCUUUCAGUCUUUCAUCAAAUAUGCUAAAGUUGAAUUAACUCCACCAACAUUUUCUGACAUGCCAAAGGUUUCACAAGGUUUUGUCAGUGUAACCAACAGCAUAAAGACUGGCAAAUGGAAGACUCUAACUGUUAAGGAAGGCUUCCUCAAUUCCGUUGUUGCACUUGAAAUAAUGUGUUGGUUCUUUAUUGGAGAAAUAAUCGGAAAAGGUAGUCUUAUUGGUUACAACAUACCAGGAGCAUUUCAAGCAUAGUUCUGGAUAGUAUGUUGUUAUUUGUAACAGAGACUAGCUAUUAUUAUUAUCUGUAAUAAACGAUUUUUCUUCACUUGU